AUGAAGAAUAAGAAAACGUUGUUGCAGAAUGCUUUUCUUGUCAGUCCUUGUCGGCGCUCGGGCAAUUCUCAUGCUGCCUCUGGCAAUAGUAGCAACAAGAAACGGAAUCGUAGAUUUGAAGGUGCCGCCAAGUAUAAAUCGUCUUACAAGACUUCGUGGGAGUACAUGUUUAGCUUUGUAACAGUAUCGCAACUCUCAAAGUAUUACUUUUAUUGUACAAUAUGCCAGAAAGACGUUUCCAUCCAGCACCAAGGAAUCAAAGAUGUCGCUCGCCAUGCUGAUGGUAAAAAGCAUAAACAACAAGAAUUGGCCAACACGUUGUCAGCUUUUGGUCAAGUUGGUGCCAAAGUGGCAAUGCGACUUCGAUACCAGAAUGAAGAGAGUAAUAAUAUUGCCAAAUCUGGAGUUCGUAAAGAAGGUUUAGAAUCAUGGACAACAAGUUCAGGCAUUUCUUCGUUAAUUGAAUCACUUGAGGGUUGUUCUGCAGCUGCUACAACCACUUCCAUUGCACCUUCCCGAACAAUAGCGUCUGAAGAAUUACCAAGUUUUUCAUUUACAUCUGUGAAAUCCCCCACACCAUUUAAGAAAGCUUAUGUUGAAUCUGAGCAUGCAGAUGGGAUACUUAAGUCACUUUCCUGGCUGUGGAGGACAAACAAACUCUGUGAUGCUGUCAUUUGUAGUGGUGAAACAAAGAUCAUGUUGCAUCGCUUGAUACUAUUUGCUGUGAGUCCUCAUUUGUUAGAGAAGAAUAUUCGAGAUGGAGCUGAGUUGGAAGUAAAUCUUCCUUCAGGCAUCAAUGAUGAAGCUCUAGGUACCUUUGUGGCAUUCCUCUAUGAUGGUGUAUUGAAUUUAACAGAAUACAACUACAAAGAUAUUGAACGUGUUGGUAAUCUGCUUAGAGUAGAAAAAGUUCAAAGGUAUUGCCGUGAAUUUGCUAGUAGCCUUGCUGAGUACAAACUUCACCAACAGUUGCCAAUGCCUGUGGCUCCUGUAAUAGAUGGAGGAAACCAUGAAUAUGUUGGUAAGAGGAAACGUGGUCGACCAAGUAAACAGACUGUGGUGCUCAAUUUGGGAGAUGAACAUAGCCUGGGGGACAGGCUGGACCCAAGUCACUAUUUACAGUCUGGGGAACUUUCCAAUUAUCAUAACAUGUCUUUAAGUAGCUCUGCAAUAUCCAGAAUGAACAGUGAUAUGCCUGUAGUAUUUCCAGAUAGCCAGGAGUACUGUCUUCCGUCCACCAGUCAAACUGCUCAACUUUUUCCCAGUAACCAGGGGAAUGUGAAAACAGAACCGUAUCAGCAGUCUCAAGAGUUUUGUUCACCGUUCCGCAUUAACCCAAAAGGCAGCAAGUCUAAUAGCAAAGAAGAUGCUGACCACAUCAGUUCUUUUGUGAUGCAUGAAACUUCUGGAAAGUCAUCUACAACCAUGGACAUCCAAACUACUACUAAUAAUAGUAAUAAUAAUAAUGGUGGUGAUGAGGAUAAUAAUUCAACUACUGCUAACAAUAAUAAUGAUAAUGGUAAAAACUCUACCAGUUCUGUUACUAGUGAGAAGAACUCUAAUAGCAAGUCUAAUACUAAAUCUCUUGGUUCUCCUUCAUCAAAAGGAGAUGGAGGUCCAUCAGAGACACUGCAAUCUUCUCCUUAUUCUGCAAAUGUGGUUGCAUCAUCAGGAGAUGGAUUUUCAUUGUAUUCGCUUGCAUCAAGCUGA